GCAGCAUCACAAGCUCGCAACAACAGGAACAUCCAGCCACCUGCGCUUCUACACCUUCCGGCGAUCAUAUAUUUCCCGGCCGCAGUCUACACCUUCUCGCCGGUUGGUUUGGUUCAUCAGUAGUCGAUCCAUCACAGCUCGGCGGACCUCCAUGACGAAGCACCAGAGAGCACCGGCGGACCAGCUCGUGCCCCUCUCCCUCUCGCUCUCGCUCUCCCUCGGCGCCAUCGCCGACCGCAACACCAAGAGGACGCGCCGCGCCGCCGCCGCCGGUGGGGAGUUCGUGUGCAAGACGUGCGACCGGUCGUUCCCGACGUUCCAGGCGCUCGGCGGGCACCGCACCAGCCACCUGCGAGGCCGCCACGGGCUCGCGCUCGCCCUCGCCGGGACCGGGCCGGAGCCCAGGAAGGCCACGGACCAGAAGCAGGGGCACCAGUGCCACGUCUGCGGGCAAGCGUUCGAGAUGGGCCAGGCGCUCGGCGGCCACAUGCGCCGGCACCGCGAGCAGGAGGCCGCCGCCGCCGCGGUGGCGCAGGCGCCGCCCGUUCUGCUCGAGCUGUUCGUCUAGAUUGGUGAAUGGUUAAUUAGAGUUCUACUAGGACAGAGUUCUUGAUUAACACUAGAUGACCCGUUGCGCCGAUGGCGCAAGGGGCGAGAGUAAGGCAUGUAUUGUGAGAGUGAAUAUAGAUCAGUAGAUGGAUGUGGUGCCCAAGAGUAAAUACGGUCAUGCACUUCAAUACAUGGAGAGUAAAGAGGUGGUCUAACUAUGUAGUCUUCUGAAAAUAGCAGGAGAAGGAAAUAUAAUCUCAAUGCACCGAGUUUUGAAAUUAA